AUGACUGCUCUCAGAAAAUUCAUUCGCUCCUAUCCCUACACUCAAGAACAAAAAGCUUCACUCAUCAAUUACUUUUCCAAUUUUCUAAAGGAAGGAAGAGUCUCCAUGAUGAAGGAUGUUCUUGAUAAGAGAACAAGAUUUAUCAUUCCGGUUCUUGAAGAUGUUCAAUCAUCACAAAAUGUUUCUGCCAUCAUUAGAACUGUUGAAUGUUUCGGAAUGAAUGAUUUACAUAUUAUUUCAAAUCCAGACUCGAUGAGUGAUAAAAAAGGAAUUUCUAAAGGAGUUGCAAAAGGAGCAACAGAUUGGAUCAAUAUUAAGCAAUAUCAAAAUUCGGAUGAAUGUUUUAAAGAAUUAAAAGAAAAGCAUAAUUGUAGAAUUAUUGUUACUUCACCAUAUUCGAUACCACAAUUAGUUCUUGGACAGAAGAGAAAUUCAUGGAGAGAGGAUCAACAUCCAUCUGUUUAUAAUAAUUUGAGAGAUGAAAUUACGGAAAGACAUGUUAGAGUUCCUCACUAUAUUGGAAUUGAAAAUGUUCCUAUUGAUUUAUUGAAUUCAGACAAUGAUUAUGAUAAGCCAAUUGCUGUUGUUUUUGGAAAUGAAUCACAUGGAAUUUCCAAUUCAGCAAUUGACCAUGCAGAUGCUUCUCUUACCAUUCCUCUGUAUGGUUUUACUGAAAGUUUCAAUGUUCAUGUGAGCACAGCCCUCACCACCUAUUAUCUCAAUGAAAAGUUUAGAAAUUAUCUCAAGAAUAGUGAAACUAAAUCAUUAGCUGAAAAGUACAUGCUCUCUCCAGAGGAAAAGAAUAAUACACUUGUUGAAUGGAUGAGAGAGUGUGUUUCACUGGGUGAUGAAGUUGAAUUGUCGUUUAUGAGAAAUAAUGGAAUUUCAAUUCCAACUCAUUUCUCUUCGGCUCAUCAAUCCUAAGUUUUAAUAUUCAUUUAAAAUAUUAAAUACAUUCCAUUGUUUG